AUGUCUUAUCCUUUGAACUCUAGACAACCAUCAUCAUUAGACCAACCAAAAUCAAAGUUAUCCUCAAUGUCAUAUUUUAGACCAAAAAUUAGAAAUUCUUCAAUACAAAAUAAUAGUGUUAACAAUUAUUCAGAUUCACAUAGUAUAUCAAGUACAAAUUCAAAUCAAACAAAUGCUUCAACAAUUGCAACAACUUUAAAUCCAACUAUAUCGAAUAUAUCGUCAGAGUUUAAAAAGAACAAUUCACAGAUUGAUUUAAGUUUAGGUGGGAAUCUUUUAGAUAAUUUACAUACAUCUUACAAUUUAUCUAAAAUAGAUACAAGAAUUUCAAUUGAUUCAUACUACAUUGAAAAUACAAAUCAAUUUAAAAUAAAAUUACAAUUAACAAAACAUGAAAUUGAAUUAUUAAGAUAUACAUGGAAUAAAAUGUUAUGUGAAGAAAAUAUUAUAAAUAAAUCAAUGCCGGGAAAUUAUCAAACAACAAGUACAUCAUCAUCAUCAUCAAUUGCAACUUCAUUAUUUUGUAGACAAUUAUAUGAUAAUUUACUAAAUUUAAAACCAGAUUUAGAAAAAUUAUUUCCAUCUAUAAAACAUCAAGCUAUAAGUUUUGCUGGAGUAAUGACAUUAACUAUAUCACAGUUAGAAAAUUUAUCAACUAUUGAAUCAUAUUUGGAAAAAUUAGGUAAAAAACAUACGAGAGUAUUAGCUAUUGAACCACCUAAUUUUGAAUUAAUGGGUGAAGCUAUAAUAAUGACAUUCCAUGAAAGAUUUGGGUCAAAAUUUACUACUGAAUUAGAAGUUUUAUGGAUAAAAUUAUAUUUAUUUUUAGCAAAUUCAAUUUUACAAUAUGGUAUUGAUCCAACUUUAAAAUUACAAACUAAUUCAUUGUCAACAAAUAAAUUCCAUUUAGGUAGUGGAAUAAUAUCAGAUUCAAAUAGUAUAAUGGAAGAAAAUUGUGGCAAUAAUAGUAUAAUUGAGUUCGAUGAACUGAAUAGUUCAAUACAAGAUGAUCUGAUUAUAAGUAAUAAUUUUCAAAAAUCUUCAACUUUACCAACUGUUCAAAGUUCAAUAAAUUCUAGUAAUAUUCCAAAACCAAUAAAACAACAAGGUAAAAAGAAAUAUGGUAGGAUUAGAAAGAAAGGUGAUUGUAUAAUUAUGUAG